AUGUCUCAAACUAUGACUUCCGCCCCGGUGAAGACGACUAUUAUUGUGGGAAACCAAUCCCUGGACGUUGCUGAGCUCGAUGAAAUCAAGCUAGAACGUCUUAUCGCAAAAGAUGAAGUCGAAACGGCCAAGCUUAUGAAGGCUGCAGAGUCUCAGGGGUUCUUCUACGUCACUUUCAACGAUAGCCUCUCAGAGAAAGUUUCAAGUUAUCUUCGGACCUGUUACAUGAGAUCUCAUGAGUUUUUCUCUCAGGCCUCAGAGGAAAAAAUGAAGGAAUUCAGAGAGGACAUGACUCACGGCUACAAACGCGCUGGAAUUGAAUCAUUCGAAAUUACUCGAGACGAGCAGAACCGCAUCCCUUUACCAAGUCCCUUUGCAGAACACUCCGAACCGAUACUGGAUCUUGCCAAUAUCUGCGACAUGACAGUACGCACGAUCCUCCGCAGCGUUUCCGACACACUUGAUCCCAACGGAUCCUUGGGUCUGGAAAAUUCUCAUCGGCCUGAUGGAAAAAGUGACUCGGGAAUAAAAUUUGUCUCUGGUCCAACUAAAGCAUCCGUUUCUGAUGUGCCGGAUACUACCCACACCGAUGGCGGUUCAAUCACUUUGCUCUGGUGUGAAGAAUGGGCUAGUCAGAUGCAAACUAAGGAUACGAAAGAGUGGUUAUGGAUAGAUCCUAAGCCUGGUUGUGUCUUGGUCAACUUCGCGAAUUAUCUACAAAGUCAGACAGGCGGUCGACUAUAUUCUCCAGUUCAUCGAGUGAGCCAGCCUUUAGAUGGUGCGGAGGACCGAUAUUUUGUUUCUUAUUUCUUGCGCCCAAAUCACUAA